AUGUGCGGAACCUUCGCUGUUUGCUAGUCGUGCUCUACGGACCCGUUUCAGUGUAACUCCACGAUGGCAGCUCUGGUGAAAACACAUGUGCAGUUGUCUGCGGACGAUGCACAGCCUGAGUCAGAGGAAAACGAGGAGCAGAGUGAUUCUGAAGAAGGGAGCAAUGAUGGAGAGAGUGAUGGAGGAGAAAAUGACCAGGAUGAGGCAGAGGAUGAAGAUGAGGAAGGAGGAGAGGGUGAGGAAGGAGGUGACGGAAACGCCAAUGCCGGGUGGGCAGAGGCCAUGGCAAAGAUCCUGGGGAAGAAGACCACGGAGACAAAAAGCAUCAUCCUGGUGAAGAACAAGGAGCUGGACAAGAUGAAGGAGAAGGAGAAAAAGGAGCUGCUGGAGAGAAGGAAACAGGUGGACAAGAAGAGAGCGUGGGAGAAUUUGUGCAGGGAGAAGCCAGACCUGGUGAAGGACCGAGAGAAUGAGAGAGCUAUGCAGAGGAUCGCUACCAGAGGGGUGGUGCAGCUGUUCAACGCUGUGAGGAAACACCAGAAGACGAUAGAUACAAAGGUGAAGGAAGUGGGAGGCUCGGAGAGGAAGAAGGCCAAGCUGCUGUCGUCUAUCUCCAAGAAAGACUUCAUCGAUGUGCUGAGGAGGACGGACGGAGGCAGCGGAUCAGCUGUCAAGGCUGAAAAGGAGGCGGCUGCAGAGGAGAAGCCCGCCUGGAGCGUCCUCACAGACGACUUCAUGAUGGGAGCCACCAUGAAAGACUGGGACAAAGACAGUGAUGGAGAGGAGGCCGAUACAAACCAAGGAGCAGGGGGGGAGGACAGUGACUCAGACUGAAAGGACUGCAGGCUGUGAUGCCUUCAGGGACAUGUGUGUGGAUCAGAGACCCUGACCCCUCCUGUCAGUGUGUGUGGACUGCACAGAGAAAAAACCUGGAAUGUGUUUAUACUGACUGUAUAAACACGCAAAUAUUUGUAUGGCCUCUCACACUAUGAUGUUUGUUGCUCAAUAUGUUGUGCAGAGAGGGGAAUGAUGAGUGACAGUACAACACUCUGAGGGACAAUAACUGAUGCAUGGGAACAGGAUGUGACGGGGAACUGAGAGAAGCUCCUUGCCAUGUGGAGCUCCUGCCCUCCAUCAUACUCGGCAUCAAUUUGCUUCCAUUUACAUCAUAAUAUUUUUUUAUGAAUUACCUUUGUUCUGUAAAUAUGAGUGUUUUGUAGAGUGCUGGCUAAAUAAACAGCAAGUUCAUGUGUC